AUGUGUAAUAAUCCCAAAAUAACUUCACCAUUUUGGGUGCGUUUGCUGACUACUUCAGUCUUGCAUUUGUUUCCUCUCUCUCUCUCUCUUUCUCUCUCUCUCUCUCUCUGUCUGUAUAUCUCUUUGUUUAGUCAAUUUAGCAACUGGAGCCGCAUUCUUUUAACAGUCAGCCUUUUUCUUUCUUUCUUUUCCUUCGUUUCUUUCUUUGUUUUUCAUUGCGCCUUUUUUCUUUUCUUUCUUUUUACUUUCUUUCUUUUCUUCUUUUUUUACUUUCUUUCUUUUUCCCCCAUUUUCUCUCUUCCUUCAUUUUUAAUUUUUUUCCCUUUCUUUGACGCUUGCCUUUUUGCACUUGUCUAUCUGUUUGCUUGUUCGGUUGGUUGCUUGCUUCUUUCUUUCUUUCUUUCUUUCUUUCUUUCUUUCUUUCUUUCUUUCCCUGCGUUUCUUUUUGAUUUCUUUCUUUCCUUCAUUCUUUCGUUUCUUCCGUAUUUCUUUCUUCUUUUCUUUCUUUUUUGGGAUAUUUUUUUUUUUCUUCAAUUUCGUUCUCCGGUUUCUUUCAUCCUUUUCUUUCGUUUUCUUUCUUCACGGCGUCUUUUUUCGACUUUCACUUUCUUUCUUUUUUUCACUACGUCUUUUUCUUUUCUUUCUUCGACUCUAUAUCUUUUGCCUUUUUCCUUUGUUUCUUUCUUUCUUUGUUUGUUUGUUUCUUUCUUUCUUUCCAUCAUUAUCCUUCUUUCUUUAUCUUUUCCCUUUCUUGCUUUUUUGCAUUUGUUUCUUUCUUUCUUUCUUUCUUUCUUUCUUUCUUUCUUUCUUUCUUUCUUUCUUUCUUUCUUUCUUGCCUCCAUUUUUUCGAUUCUUCCGUUUCUUUUAUCUUUCUUUUCCUUUACUUUUUUUCUACAUAUCUAUUUUCUUUGUUUUCUUCGAGUUUUCUUUUUUGUGAUUGUUUGUUGUUUCUUUCUUUCUCUAAUUUCUUUCUUUCUUUUAUUCCGUUUUCUUUCUCUCUUCACUGCGUCUCUUUUCAGACUUUUCCCAUUUUACCUUUUCUUUUUCUUCCUUCCAUGUUUUCUUUCUUUCUUUCUUUCUUCCCCCUUCUUUUCUUUCUUUGUUCUUUCUUUCUUUCUUUUCCUUCGUUUUCUUUUUCAUUCUUUCUUUCUUUCUUUACUUGUCUUUUCAUGUUUUCUCCUUUCUUCUACUCUUUCCAUUUUCGCCAUUGUUUCUUUCUUUCUCUCUUUCGUUCUUUAUCUCUUUCUUUCUUUCUUUCCUUCUUCACUUGUCUUUUUCUCUUUCUUCUGCUCUUCCUUUUUCGCCUUUCUUUCUUUUCACUUUUUAUCUGUUGCUUCACAUUUUGUUCUAUCCCCUUUCGUUCUUUCUGUCCCUUUUUCCUUGCAACAUGUCAAUUCAUUCUGCAGUCGACUUAACCCUCCAUUUUUCGAAUCCACCGCACUGACUCCCCUAUCUUCUUAUUCUCUCUUUCUCUCUUCCUUUCGUUCUGCCUUUCUUUCUUUCUUUCUUUCUUUCUUUCUCUCUUUCUUUCUUUCUUUCUUUCUUUCUUUCUUUCUUUCUUUCUUUCUUUCUUUCUUCGUCCGUUCUAUCUUUCUUUCUUUUUUCUUUCUUUAUUUAACUGGCCUUCCCCCUGUCCACUCAUUCUCUUUCAUUCCCUUUCAAUCAGAUUUCUUUCUUUCUUUCUUUCUUUCUUUCUUUCUUUCUUUCUUUCUUUUUUUUGGUCGUUCUUUUUCGCAUUCAUUUUUUCUUUGA